CUAAAGAUCACCAACUGCAACAAAAUCAUGAACUGAAAGUGAAGACGUCACGCUGUAGAAUGCACUUACAGAAAGCCACGCCCCCACGUGGCCAUCCUUUUCCGUUGCGUCACUGCGUCGUGCGCAUAGCCGACCAGUCGCGUCCCUUUGAUCGCCAUAGCAACGGCACGUAACGCCGACUGCAGCCAUGAACACACUGAGAUAAAUAUUUCAUCGCUUGUUAAACACCUCAGCAGCACGAUGAUGCUGCUUCUGAGCCAGGUUUAGCCACCUACACGGGUCAGGUUAGUUUGGUCUUCAUAUCUCGGUUCUCUUUCGUUGACUUUUCACUUUUGUUACCGUCCCGUGAUGACGUCACUGGACAUGAAUGACAUGUUUUCCCCACACACAGGAAUAUCAGGAAUACUCAUCUGUCAAUCAGGACGCAUGGAUGCUGAUAAAUCCACUGAGAGUUUGGAGAAGCCGGAUUGCAGUGCGCCAGUGUGCAAGCUUUCCAAAGGAUGUGUGGAGGUGCUGCUGGAUAUUAGCGAGGAAAACUCUGGGAAAGAGCAGGAAGCUUACGAGAUUCCCAACCAAACAGGCUGGGAUGAAGCUAUCCAAGGUUGGGGUCAAUGUUCCCCUUUUUCCUGUCUGUUUAUAGCACAACAAAAGAGCAAGAAGCUCAAACCAGAGAUCUCAGCCCCACAUUGUGUUCUUUGCACUGAUUUGAAGGACCUAAAGCUCUCAGAGCGCUUCGUUCCCAGCCAUGUUCCUUCAGAAGAUUCCUACGACAUAUCUGAAGAGCCUCUGAGAAGCAACGUUCCACCAUCUCUGGAACACCUAAACAGAACCCUAAGCGCCAUUACUUCUACCUCAUCCUCUGAAGAAGAACCAUCUGAUUUCACUCUUAAGGAGAGGAGCAUCAGGAAAGACCUGCUCGGAAAUAAACUGCUGUUUCGACCUGAACAGUACACACCUGACAAAAGUCUACCUCACCCACCUCAACCGGAUGCUCCGUGCCUGUUUCUGAAAGAUAAAAAUGUUGGAAAAGUGGCACUGCUUGGUCGAGUUAUGGUAUUGCCACCGGUAAAAGUGCCAACAAAUCCAAAUGCUAAUCCAAAGAGCUCGAAUUUUUCAAAGAGGAGAGAGGAUAGCGCCACAAGACCAGUUAUCAUUCCUGAGAAAGCUGGUGUUGAUGGAGAUCAAGAAAAAGCUGUGGUUAUUUCUUAUUCCAGCCCAACUGUAGGCACCUCCCAAGGAUCUGUUACGUCCAAGCAAGGCCCAACGCAGCACCAGUAUCACCUAAUAUCUGCUUUAAGCAUCUCCAGAAGGUAUCAGAUUCCCAUCAACACCUUGGCAGAGACUCAACCCAGUGCCACCUCUCUCCUGGAGCGAAAUCUCAGACAGGAAGAGCUGAUCAGAUCACCUCUAAGGCACAACUCUGGGCACAGAUCACGGUUAGGCCUCAAGGAGAAAAGUCUGAGAAGGGCAGAACCCGAGCUUCCGAUGCUGAUGGGGACCAGGGUCCAGAUACCAGUGUCCACUCAGCGAUUACUGUAGCUGCUCACUGUCUCUCUGUUUUCACGCCUUCCAUAGGACAAUAAAGAUGACUAUAUGCUGAAAUGACGAUGCAUGUUCUCAUACUGAAAAUAAGAUUCAUACCUCAUACAUAUCAUUACUUCAGAAUGUGUUAGGUUUUUCCAGAUGAUCCUUUUUUCUAUCAGAAACAACAGAAAUGAUUAAAAUGUGUACGUUGUAGUAAAGAAUGAAACACUCGGAGUUGUGCUGUUAGAGGAAAAUAAUCAACAACACAGUGGCGUGAUGAAGCUGAGUUACAGUUACCACGCUGAAGUUGAACACUUUCCAAUAACAUCAUGUCUUAAAGUGUCUUAUUCCGUUUAUACCUCUGCAAUUUGCCAACACUUACAUUUUUUAUUUAUUAAAGAACAAAACAUUGUAUGUUUUAUCUGUUUAUAGUUACAUUUAAUGUUGUGGAAUGUCCUUGAAACAAGUUAGUUGCCCUUAUCACUUACGUUAUAGCAGCUAUAAACAGUCUUUCCCUCAACGCACUUCCUUCUCGAAGUUAAUAAGAAACAGUUUGUCAUGUUUCUGAGAAACCGUGAAGCACAAACUCCUUUGUCCUGAAGAUGUCAGAAAGCUUUACCUCUUUACCUCAGCAAAUUUCCCAGCUUUACCCCAGAUUGUUACAAAAGCACAUCUGUUUAUGUUACAAAUCCAUUUAUGAGGAUACCUGCUGUAAGCUGUUACUAUAGAAACGAUAACGUAUUAGAAAGAGCACAUUAAACUUUUUUUUUUCAGAUUUUGAAAAAAAAAUUGAAUUUUUUUUUCAGAUUUUGAAAAUGAAUUAACACCUUCUGACGAGUUAAUAAUUUAAGACUGAUAAUUUAAGAUACUAAUAGUAAACUAAAAUUGUAUUUCUGAAAUGGAUAUAACUGUGUACUUUUAUUCCACUAGCCCAUAAUGUUUUUUCCUCAUUCAGGUCUCCUGCUGUUUCUUUUUUGCUAUUAGUCAUGUCUUUUUAUAGCUAAUGGUCUAUCUCUUGACUGCUCUCUGUGAACUGCUUGAGAGCUUGAGCCUUAAAUGAAACUUGAAAUAUCAAAAUGUUUACUGCGUUAUGUCAUUAGUUGCCUCAGUGAGGCCUAUUUAUGUACAUUUACUGGAGAAUGUCAACAGGGAUGCAAACUUUUCACCUUGCUAAUAAAAAUAAAAACAAAUUUGAUGUAGUUGCUGUAAUAUUUCAUGGUUCAGCAUUACUGAACGUUGUUCUGUAGAUAAACUGUAUAAAUAGAGAUUUUUCACUCCAGAAACGGAGAGAGAUGUGAUCUCUCACACUGUCUGCGGUGAUAAAACUGACUGUUAUUGUUCCAAAGCUUUUGCAAGUGAAAAUCCGUCUCGUUUUCGAGUAUUUUAUAAAUGAACACUACAGCAUUAUAUAGAAUAUUUGAACUAAAUUGUGAGAAUGUCAGCUGUACAGUAGAGUACCAUUCUUUCUAAGAGCUCAGGUCCAAGAAUAUCUCAUUAUCUCAUGGCAGUUGUUGUCGAGUGCCUCGGAAAAAUCACCACUCACUCAUCUGAAUUAUUAACGCUGCGAUUAUCAAGGCUGGAGAGGUUCACACUUGAGUCACUGCAUACGUGUGUUCAUUUCAGAGAUCCAGACUAGCACUAUCAUAGAAUAAUCAAAGUAGAAAAGUUGAAUUUGCUUUUGGCUCAUGUUGGAAUAAAGUCUCAUUGUUUUAUUGUUAAAUGUACGACAUAUGAAUGUGUUCAAGAAAUUGUUCAUUCUGCAGGUUUCUUGGCAUUAACAGAAUGAGGUGUUGAUUUUGUUAAUGAAAACUGUUUGUUACCUGUUUGACAACCUUUUAAUUGAAUGAUAAUUAAACAAUAUUUCACCCUUCUGCUCAAAUUACACACUCUGGGGCAACAUAAAUGGGCCUGAAAUCCACUUUCUUUAAUUUAGCAUGAUUGAAUAAAAAGUUAACAAGACUGAGCAACAUGCAACAUAAGUUACUAAGCUAUACCUUUUUCUUUCUUUCUUUCUUUUUUAAAUAUUGAAGGUAAACUUGUACACAUGUCCGUGUCAGUGUUGUUUCAUUCAACUUUAAUGGACUUCCACAGACGAUAGACAGGCUGUCAAGUUCAUUUAGGUGUAGCAACAUGAAAUGACUUUAAUUUUUAAUGACCAGCAUCACUUUUGUGGCAAAAAAAAACAAACCAUGGCCCAUUUUUUUUUCACCAGAAUGUAUGACGCAAUGAAGCAAAACGUUCCUUGGCAAAUAAAAAAUGAAACAGAAAUGUCAGAACCAGUCGAUUGGACAAAAGUGAAACUUUACCCAUCUUUAAAUAGCUUUAAACACCUGAUGAUCAAAGUGAAAACUAAAUAAUUUUAAUUUCUUUAAGUGUACGCAGCAUAAUAAAUAUGGAGCGGCUCCAUGUCAUAGCUAUGCUGAACCUUCAGUUUUGGUUGACUAAAGCUGUUGUAGAUUUGUAUCCCUGACAGUGACUUGCAUAAGGACAACACUAAUCAUCACAGUGAAGCACGGUGGUGGUAGUAUCAUGGUGAGCAUUACCCUCUUUACCUGAUCACUAACUUUUAGUGGACGGCCUCCUCUAGGCAGAGUGAUGGUAGUUCCACAUUCUUUCAAUUCUUUAAUAAUGGACUUAAUGUGGGAUGUUCAAAAUUCUGGAUAAUUUUUAUAACCAAAUCCUGAUUGAUACUUUUCCAGAACUUUGCUCAAACUUGUUUUGAUAAUACAUUGGCCUUCAUGAUGAUAUUUUUCUAGGUAUGUUCUCUAGAAAUCUCUUCCAGGAACAUGUAACACUUCAAUAGCAGACGUGUAGAUGCUAUUCACCCAAUUACGUGACAUGAUGGUAACUGGUUGCACCAGAACUAAUUUUGGCGUCUCACAGGCAGUGCUGUUGUGGGCGGUACGCACCGCUUUUACUUGACGCCUUAGGGCUGCACUGAAAUUUCACUCAUAUUCAAAUUUAACCUGGUUUAUGCCGACGUUUUCAAAGCGCGACCAAUAAGAUGAGCCCUCACAUGUGAGGUAGCAAGGAUGCAUGUGUUCCAAAACCAGAAUCUUACUUUGUUUGAGAUUUUGAUAAAUGCUGUAUUUAGAAACAUUCAGAAUGUGCUAGCCUUAUGAAUGAUCUAUGUUUUCAAGUGCAUCUUGAUGCAGUGCUUCAACCACGCAGUAAAAACUCAUCAUUCAUAAGCUACGCUAACCUUAGUGGUGAGCGAUGUGUAAAAUGCUGAUCAUCUGAAAGUGCCCUAAUGGGGCUGAAUACCUAUGCAAUGAUAACCUUUAUGUUUUUUAUUUGUAAAUAAAUAUUUUUGUAAACUGUAUUGCUUUUUUUCCCCUUUCACUUCCAUAUUGUGGGCUAUUUUGUGUAACGUAUAUUCCCAAUUCAAUCCAUUUCAGUUCAAAAUGUAGAGAAAUUCAAGUGAGCGAGCACCAAAUGAUGAAAAUAUGAUAUUAAAAUUGUUUAUUUUCCUGAAAAGAUUAAAUGAAUUUUAGAUUAGCUGUUAGAGUAAACACUUUGACAAUGUGGUAGAUGUGUAAAUUCCAUAGGAAGGAAAACUCAGAUGUAAAAUGCUUGUUACAAGACCUUCAUUGUUUGCAGUUUAGAGCUCAUGACUGCUGGAGAGAGACAUCUCAGUUACCCAGCAACUGAAGUGGCUCAUUAUAACAGCUGCUCGCCAUCA